AUGAUUCCGAUUAAACCCUGCGGACAACUUCACAGCCCUACCCUCAACUGGCUCAAAAUCGAACCUCGUGUGAUUCUUGAUGAGUUUCUAUCCGAUGGCAAGACGAUUUUGAGCGGAUAGAAGUAAAAAAGCAGAAUGCGAUACUUUGGGGCCUGCUAUUACAUCAAAAUAUCCCGUUACUCCAUCAUCUUGAUUGCAACAUUAGAACCAAAUCCUGUUCCCUUCUUGAUAGCUGCACUUCGAGCUACCACACUACCGAGACUUCAAUUCCGAUCACCGGGAGUAUGAUAGAGUGAUGUGGACUCUUGCACUGGUUUUUGGGUGGAUUUGAGCCCGCAGCCUAAGGGGCUAGCUACCAAAGUUUCGAUGGCUGAAUUUCGGGCAAGCCGCCAGACGUAGCACCUACCUCACGGUUCGACCACGUUCGUAAGACAUUUGGGGUCAAGCUUGCAACAGAAGUUCCGUGCUCGUGUAGGUUUGUUGGAUAUUACUCGUAUACGAAAUCAAAUGCGGAAAAGUUCGGUUUUCUCCCAGACCGGUAAUUUGAAUGAUUAGGUGGUGGGGGUGGAGCGAGGAUGAACGGAAGCACAAAGAUACGAACCCAUCGGACUCGUAUCCCAAGUUAAGACACCCAACGUGUGGUCCGGCACUCUGAUGCCAGUCAUGCGGCAUCAGUCGUCA